AUAAAUUAAAAGAAAAAGAAAAAGAUUUUUUUUUCUCCAAAUAAUCUUUAAAAAGUAAAAAGGAGAAAAGAACAAAUUUGGAAGUUUACUGUCGGCGGCAUAAACCUUAAAUUAAACACGCAUUCCUUACAAUCCUAGGACUCUUACUAGGAAACACGGACUUUAUAAAAGUACACUAUAAAAGAGGUAAAAAAAAAAAAAAAAAAAGUAAUAUGCUUAUUCUGUGUUAACCCAAUUGCGUACUCUGAACAAGAAAAGAUAUUAAUAAUGGCUUCAAUUAAAUGGUGUAGAGGAAGAACCAUUGGAAAAGGAGGCUAUGGCAUUGUUACUUUAGCCACUACACAAGACAACUUGUACAAUGUGGACAUUCCGUCAACAAUAGCUGUCAAAUCAUCCCUCUUUUCUCGUUCGAUUUCAUUACAAAAGGAGAGAGGAUUCUUGAACAAAUUUCAGGAUUGUUCCCAAGUAAUACGUUGUUUCGGAGCCGAUGUAACUGAAGAAGAUGGCAAGAUUCUCUAUAAUAUUUUGCUUGAAUAUGCUUCUGGUGGGAGUCUUGCUGAUAGAAUAGGUGAAAAUUCAACGCAAGGGUUGCCGGAUUUUGAGGUAAAGAAGUACUCAAGAUCAAUUCUUUUGGGGCUUAGUGUUGUUCAUGGAAGAGGUUUUGUUCAUCGUGACAUUAAACCCCACAAUAUUCUUCUCGUGGGUUCUGAAAAAACUGCCAAGAUUGCUGAUUUUGGUUUCGCAAACAAGGUUGGAAUUGAGACUCAGAAAAGAAAGCGUGGUGGACUUAGGGGAACACCGAUUUAUAUGGCACCAGAAUCCGUUCUUGAUGCAGAGUAUGGAACUGAAUCGGAUAUUUGGGCUUUCGGAUGUACCGUGUUUGAGAUGAUUACGGGGAAGAAAGUGUGGGAUUGUACUGGGAUUAAGGAUACUGUUUAUCUAUUGUGGAAAAUUGCAGUGCAAUCACCGAACUUGCAGGACAAAAAAUUGUCGAAAGAGGCAGAAGAUUUUCUGAAAAAGUGUCUUGCUAGGGAUCCGCGUUCUCGAUGGACAGCUGAUAUGCUGUUGAAUCAUCCUUUCCUUUCGUUUGAUAAUGCUGUUCAUGAGGAGAGAAAGAGAAAGGAACUCAACCCCUUUUUGCUUACAAAUAUUGUUGAUCCAAUGAUUGAUGAUUUCUGCAAUAGUACAGAGCUGAAACCAAUGAAGCUAUUGAAUUGCAGAACCAACAAAAGGAGAAGAAAGCUAGUGGAAGGAUGCUGAUUUUUUUUAUUAGAAUUAUACUAAUGUAAAGGGUAGGCAGCCUGUGAGGAAAAAAAGAUGAUCAGGUCCAGCCCCUUGUUUGAAAACAAAACAAUUUUGUGUAUAUGUUCUCUUUAUUAUUGAACAAUCUGUACAAAGAGGUUUUUUGCCUGUAAAUUUUGGCUAUUAGUGAAUGCAUUCUCUUUUCAGUGUCUUGCAAA